AGUAGUCGGGUGUUGAGUAAUAACCACUGAAUGACGAGGGAGGGAGGAACCCGGACGCCCAAAAAAUCCCCCCACCCCCAGCGCGGCAAUGCCGUCAUGUGCCCGCAUCUCCUCCGCCGUCUCCACCGCCGCCGCAUUGUCAGCAUCACUGGCGCCGACUCUGGAGCACCACCACGAAUAUUGGACGAGAUUCCAGGCGAGGGCGAGUGAGAUGGCGCCGGCGAAGACGGAGGAUCCAUUGGCGCAGUUGUUGGCGAAGAUUGAAGAGGGAAACAGGGAGACUCAUCGGCGGAUGGAGUUGAUGCAGGGCGCUCUGGGGAACAUGGAGACGGUGGUGAAGGGCGUGAUGUCGGAGCAGGGAGAUCUGCAGAAGUGGAGGCCGGAGGUCGAGUCGAAGAUGAAGGAGAUUGCAGACACCAUGCGGGGAAUCCAAAUCCAGGUGGAGAAGUUUGAGAAGAGGCCGGUGGGAGUGCCAACCAGUUUUGGCGAGACUGGUGGAGGCAGUAAAGUGGAAGCUCUAUCAUCUGAACCUCCGAUGGUGGAUUCUGCGAGUGGAGUAAACCAGCUUCGACGCCCCGAUCCGAAUCGGCGUCCAGGCAUGGAAGGAGGGCGAAAUUUUACCAACUAUGGAGCUCAUGAAGGACAACUUACGUCGGCUAUGAUCACAGCGCGCUUUGUGGAUGGCUUGAAGGAUGAGGUGAGGGCUGUGGUGGCCAUGCAGAGACCUAAUAAUCUCGAUACAGCUUGUUCCCUAGCUUUAUUACAUGAGGAUGUGUGGACAGGUAGAAGAGAGGGUAGGAGAAUUGAGAACCAGGGAAUGUCCAAAGGUUACCAAAAGAAUUCCGUAGUGGCUGGUAGUUCAGUUCCAGUGGUGAGCCAUAGAGGAUUACCCCAAAGUGAUGAGAGGCGAAGAGCAAAUAGUAGUUACAGAGCUGAGGAUAGUAAACUUGCUGCUCUCAAGGCUUAUCGAAGAGCAAAGGGGUUGUGUUUCAAGUGCGGAGAAAGAUGGAAUCCAAAUCAUACAUGUUCCAGUAGUGUGCCAUUACAUGUUGUGGAAGAAAUGUGGGCGAUUACCUCUCAGGCGGUAGGAGAAAUUGAAGUCGAUGGAAGUGAGAGUCAGGUGGCACCAGAGGAUGAGGAGGUGGUGUUAGCUGUAUCAAUAGCUGCUGCGAGUGGCAGUGAAACCAACAAAACUAUCAGGUUGUGGGCUUCAAUACACCACAAACAGAUGUUGGUGCUGGUGGAUUCUGGAAGUUCAGCUAGUUUUAUGAGUCUGCAUUUGAUGGGAGAUGUCAAGAAUGUACAGCAAUUGCCUAAACCUUUACCAGUUAAAGUGGCUGAUGGUAGGAAACUGUGGUGUGACUGCUGGGCACCCCAGUGUCCUUGGUUGUGUGGGGGUAUUACUUUUCAUACAGAUUUCAAAUUCUUACCCCUGAGUGGCUAUGAUAUUAUUUUGGGAAUGGAUUGGCUGGAAGGUUAUAGUCCCAUGUCUGUGUACUGGGCAGAAAAGAAGUUAGAAUUCUGUCAUCAAGGGCAGACAGUGCAGCUGCAAGGAAUUCAACCAAAACUAGAUUCCUGUAUUCCUUUGUCUGACAAGCAGUUGAGGGGUCUGUUAAGUAAAGAGGCUGUGGAACACAUGUUUGAGCUCAGACCAACAGAAGCAUUGGAGGGUGAUGCAAUACCAGAGCAGAUAUCCACACUGUUGGAGCACUAUCAGGAGUUAUUUCUGCCGCCACAAGGAUUGCCUCCAAAAAGAAUGUAUGACCACUCCAUACCUCUGCUACCAGGAGCCACACCUUUCAGGCUUCGACCCUAUAGAUACACCCCACAACAGAAGGAUGAAAUUGAAAAACAGAUAAAGGAGAUGCUGAGUAAUGGAAUUAUACAACAAAGUUCAAGCCCUUUCUCAUCACCUGUGCUGCUUGUCAAGAAGAAAGAUGGUGAAUGGAGAUUAUGUGUGGAUUACAGGAAGUUAAAUGCUUAUACGGUGAAAAACAAGUUUCCUAUGCCAGUUUUUGAUGAGAUAACUGAUGAGUUGAGUGGGGCAGCUAUCUUUACCAAAUUGGACCACAGAGCGGGUUAUCACCAAAUCCGAAUUCAGGAGGGAGAGGAGUUCAAAACGGCAUUUCAGACCCAUAAUGGACAUUAUGAGUAUAAGGUGAUGCCAUUCGGACUUACAGGAGCUCCUGCCACAUUUCAAGACUUUAUGAACCAUAUUUUGAGUCCAUUAUUGAGGCAAUGUGUUGUGGUUUUUCUUGAUGACAUAUUGGUGUAUAGUGACACAUUGGAGAGACAUAUUGAACAUCUGGAGCAGGUGUUCCGUAUUUUGCAGCAGAAUCAGCUGAAGCUUAAAUUGUCAAAAUGCAAGUUCGCCCAAGAUAAACUGGAGUUUUUGGGACAUAUGAUCAGUGCUAAUGGAAUAGCAACUGAUCCCAGCAAGGUAGCAGUGAUUAAAGAUUGGCCUAUACCUUCUAGUGUCAAGGAGAUCCGUAGUUUUUUGGGAAUUGCUGGGUAUUAUCGAAGAUUUGUGGCUGGUUUCGGUAUAAUCUGCAAACCUUUGACUAACCUGUUGAAAAAGGAUCAACUCUUUGUGUGGACUAGUAGUACCCAACAGGCUUUUGAUGCACUGAAAGAGGCCCUCAUUCAUGCUCCAGUUUUGGCUAUACCGAAUUUUACCAAAGAGUUUGUUAUUGAAACUGAUGCAAGCGGAGUUGGAAUUGGAGCUGUGUUACAACAGGAGGCACACGACCUGCUCGACGAGUUGCAGCGUCGAGGCACGCCCGUUCUCGAUCGAGAUCUGAACGGCUUCCUCGCGGCGCUCGCGCGUGCGCCGUCCUCCGCCGCCUGCGGGAGUGGCCCUGCCCUCGCCGUCGCGCUCUUCAACCGCGCGGCGUCUCGGGCUCAAGGACCGCGGGUGCUGUCCCCCACAUCCUACACCUACGCCAUCCUCAUGGACUGCUGCACCCGCGCGCACCGCCCAGAGCUAGCGCUGGCCUUCUUCGGCCAGCUCCUCAGGACAGGCUUGCGCGUCGAUGCCAUCAUCGCUAGCCACCUUCUCAAGGGCUUUUGUGAAGCGAAGCGGACAGACGAGGCUUUGGACAUCCUUCUCCACAGAACGCCUGAGUUGGGCUGUGUGCCCGAUGUUUUCUCGUACAACAUACUUCUGAAGAGCCUCUGCAACCAAGGAAAGAGUGGCCAGGCAGAUAAUUUGCUACGGAUGAUGGCUGAAGGGGGAACUGUCUGCUCGCCCGACGUGGUUGCCUACAAUACAGUAAUCGACGGCUUUUUUAAGGAGGGUGAUGUUAAUAAAGCAUGUGAUCUAUUCAAAGAAAUGGUACAGCGGGGCAUUCCACCUGAUUUAGUGACUUAUAGCUCUGUGGUCCAUGCCCUGUGUAAGGCAAGAGCAAUGGACAAGGCAGAGGCUUUCCUUCGACAAAUGGUCAAUAAAGGUGUUCUGCCAGAUAACUGGACAUAUAAUAACUUGAUAUAUGGAUACUCCUCCACAGGACAGUGGAAGGAGGCAGUUAGGGUAUUUAAAGAAAUGAGAAGACAGAGCAUCUUACCAGAUGUUGUUGCUUUGAACACGUUGAUGGGUUCCCUUUGCAAGUAUGGAAAAAUCAAGGAAGCUAGAGAUGUUUUUGACACAAUGGCAAUGAAGGGCCAAAAUCCUGAUGUUUUCUCGUACACAAUUAUGCUCAACGGGUACGCUACUAAAGGAUGUCUAGUUGAUAUGACAGAUCUCUUCGAUUUGAUGCUAGGUGACGGUAUUGCACCUGACAUUUAUACUUUUAAUGUGCUGAUCAAGGCAUAUGCAAACUGUGGAAUGCUAGAUAAGGCUAUGAUCAUCUUCAAUGAAAUGAGAGACCAUGGAGUGAAACCUCAUGUGGUGACCUAUAUGACAGUGAUUGCUGCCCUCUGCAGAAUCGGUAAGAUGGAUGAUGCUAUGGAAAAAUUUAAUCAGAUGAUUGAUCAAGGAGUAGUACCUGAUAAAUAUGCAUACCAUUGCCUGAUUCAAGGUUUUUGUACUCAUGGUAGUUUACUGAAAGCCAAGGAAUUGAUUUCGGAAAUAAUGAAUAAUGGCAUGCGUCUUGAUAUUGUUUUCUUCGGUUCGAUAAUUAACAACCUUUGCAAACUGGGAAGGGUAAUGGACGCACAAAAUAUAUUUGACUUAACUGUAAAUGUUGGUCUGCAUCCUGAUGCUGUGGUGUAUAAUAUGCUGAUGGAUGGGUACUGUCUUGUUGGCAAGAUGGAGAAAGCAUUAAGAGUAUUUGAUGCUAUGGUGUCAGCUGGCAUUGAACCAAAUGUUGUAGGGUAUGGUACACUUGUUAAUGGCUAUUGUAAAAUUGGAAGGAUUGAUGAAGGAUUGAGUCUUUUCAGAGAAAUGCUGCAAAAGGGAAUAAAGCCUUCAACUAUUUUAUACAACAUCAUAAUUGAUGGGUUAUUUGAGGCCGGGAGAACAGUUCCUGCAAAGGUGAAAUUCCAUGAAAUGACAGAAAGUGGUAUCGCUAUGAACAAAUGUACAUACAGCAUAGUACUUCGUGGACUUUUUAAAAAUAGAUGCUUUGAUGAAGCAAUCUUUCUUUUCAAAGAAUUACGUGCAAUGAAUGUAAAGAUCGAUAUCAUAACUCUCAAUACCAUGAUAGCUGGAAUGUUUCAAACCAGGAGAGUUGAAGAAGCUAAGGAUCUGUUUGCUUCUAUCUCGAGAAGUGGGCUGGUGCCUUGUGCUGUGACUUACAGUAUAAUGAUCACAAAUCUUAUAAAAGAAGGAUUGGUGGAAGAGGCAGAAGAUAUGUUUUCAUCCAUGCAGAAUGCUGGCUGUGAGCCCGAUUCUCGAUUGCUGAAUCAUGUAGUCAGGGAAUUACUAAAGAAAAAUGAAAUAGUCAGGGCUGGAGCUUACCUGUCCAAGAUUGACGAGAGGAAUUUCUCACUUGAACAUUUAACCGCAAUGUUGCUGGUCGAUCUCUUCUCAAGCAAAGGAACUUGUAGGGAACAAAUAAGAUUUCUCCCUGCAAAGUAUCAUUUUCUUGCAGAGGCCAGUCCGUGAUUGAUAUGUUGAUUUUUUUUGGAAUCAGUCCUUGCACGCACCUGUCACAGUUAAACUAGUAUAUGAUCUUAACUAAAACCAUUGGUUUACUUCAUGUUCAUCAGUUCAUGUUUCUCGGAAGAUUUUCUUCUCAUUUGACCUGCUUGAUAUGCAGAUGUUCAUUUACUUUUGAUCCAAUAUAUGCAGAGCGUUUUAUGUUUUUCGAAGCAUAUUCGUUCCGGUGCUGAUGUAGCUAUGUGCUCUCCGUACACAACUGAUGUUGAUUCUCUCUUGUAGCAUGUUUUAUCAUGUCUGUUAACACAGCCGAUGUUGCAUUUAUGAGGAAUGACGUUAUAACUGCUGGGAGAAUAAUGUAGCAUGCUGAAUCCUGUUUUGGGCCCUGGCUGAGCCGCCCAGUUCGUCAUGACCAGCAAGUGAUUGCAACCAAAGGCAGUCUGGCCUAAUGCUGUGGCUUGUAAGGGCAAAGUGGAUACCCUGCUGCUGGGUAGUACUAGUAUAUUGCUGUUCAAACCUGCAAAUAUCUGGGAUCAGCUGAUGGAUGAAAGAACAAUCAGUAGUCUCUGGGUAAAAUAUCAUGCCUGCGCAAGCGAGCGGACAUGAGUGACAAGAAGCGGUGAGUGCCUGCCUGCCUCCAUUUAAGGGCCUGUUCGUUCUCAUCUUAAUACAUGUGGAUUAGAUGAGAUUAGACGAAAUGGAAGCAGAGCAUUGUGGUCAGACCACCACCAUCUCCAAGGGAGAACAAAGAGAAGGCAAGCAGAGCCUGUGCACGUAUUGGUCGGUUCAGUUGUGCGGUUGCUCUUUUUGGCUCUUAUCUUCGUCGCCAUUCUUGUAUUUGUAGGAUUGUGGAAAUGUAACCCGUUCAAGUUGCUGCAUUAGUAGCAGCUAGUAGUAUCUGUGAUUCAGAAAUCUAAAAGUUGUGACUUGUGAGGCAGCCUGCUGCCUUGUUCAUGUAGAAUGAACCUUGUGUAGAUGAGUUGCAAGGUGUGAGUGUUCCAUAUAUUAUUGUAGGAUGAGUUAGAAUCCUGAAUGUCAAGUGCUUAUUACGUG